AUAGAAGGCGAGUCACCGCUCGCUUGAGGGGUUCCGCCGAUUUUGUGUUGUUUGGAUUGGACACGCGACGCAAGGGGGAAGUCGUGAUCGGUGCUGAAGGAUUGCACGACUGUGAACCAACAACGGAGCCGACGCGCGGAUGAGACAACAUGGGUCCGAUGCUGAAUGACGGACGAGUGACACACCUCCUCUUUCCGCUCCUCCUCCUUUUGCGAGUUCCCUUCUUGUUCAGCUUUGGUGAGCGCACUUGUCCAAACAGUUGCCGGUGCGAAGGGAAAACUGUUAAUUGCGAUUCAUCCGGCUUCCUGGAUGUCCCAGAAAACAUUACAGUUGGGUGUCAGGGCCUCUCCAUGCGCUACAAUGAACUGCACACCCUGUUGCCGUAUCAGUUCGCUCACUUGGGUCAGCUUCUCUGGAUAUACUUGGAUCACAAUCAGAUUUCAGCCGUCGACAGUCGGGCAUUCCAGGGAGUCCGUCGACUUAAAGAGCUGAUCAUGAGCUCGAACCAGAUCACAUCUCUGCACAAUUCAACGUUCCACGGAAUUCCCAAUCUUCGUAGUUUAGACCUGUCGUACAAUAAGUUGGAAAUCCUGCAGCCGGGACAAUUCCAUGGCUUGCGAAAGUUGCAAAACCUCCACCUCCGAUCAAACGGUCUCUCGAACAUCCCCAUACGAGCGUUCCUUGAGUGCCGAAGUUUGGAGUUUCUGGAUUUGGGCUACAAUCGAAUGAAAGCUCUGACGCGCACCACCUUCUUGGGGUUACAGAAGCUGAUGGAGUUGCAUCUCGAGCACAACCAGUUCACCCGGAUAAACUUUUUCCUGUUUCCUCGUUUGGCCAAUCUGAGAUCACUCUAUCUGCAGUGGAACCGCAUCAAGGUGGUCAACCAGGGACUUCCCUGGACAUGGUAUACUCUGCAGAAACUUGACUUGUCUGGAAAUGAAAUACAGAGCCUGGAUCCGGCAGUGUUCCACUGCUUGCCCAACCUUCAGGUGCUCAAUCUGGAAUCCAACAAACUGUCCAACGUGUCACAGGAGGCGGUGUUGGCGUGGAUCUCGCUGACUUCCAUCAGCCUCGCUGGCAACAUAUGGGAUUGUGCCACCGGUAUAUGUCCACUCGUGGCUUGGCUAAGAAAUUUCCGCGGCACCAAAGACACCACGAUGAUAUGCAGCAGCCCAAAGUAUCUCCAAGGAGAAAAGAUCAUGGAGGCCACAAGGAACCACGGCAUUUGCGAGGAAACCGAUUACGUUCUGACUGAGACACCAUCACCAAUGUCCGAGCUUUUUUCUGAAGCCACCAACGAGCUGACAUUUGCCCCCACAAGCGGGUCUCCGCUCACACCGCCAACCUUCGGUCCGCAGCCACCUUUCAGACCGCAUCCUCUUCCUCAUCCGACGUUCCCGGGGCAUAUGAGCAAAGAUCCACGCGACUCGGUCGCACGUAGUCGGCCCACUCACGUCCUACCCCCGGAGAUGGAGCAUAUGACGCUACAUAAAGUGGUGGUGGGCAGUGUGGCGCUCUUCUUCAGCAUGUCUCUAAUUUUGACCAUCAUCUACGUAUUGUGGCGGCGCUACCCGGGUGCGACCAGAUUGCUCCACCAGCGAUCCAUGGUGGGGAGAAAGUGUCGCAAAAAGAGUCCCGAGCCCGAGCAGGACCUAAGCACCCAGCUGCAAGAGUAUUACAUGAGCUACAACCCCGCUGCCACUCCGGAGGCAAUGGAAGUGCUUGGCAACGGCACCGGCUCCUGCACUUGCACAAUGUCUAGCUCCAGGGAGUGUGAGAACGAGUAUACAUGUCGACGCCCACUACCUGGCACGUGGCUGGGGGAGCUGCCUACCAUCCAUUAGAAGGAACUGCUUAUGGAUCGUGCUGGGAACAACUUAAUCGCCCAACAUAUAAAAUAUAAUUACAGAGGGUGGUAUGUGGAGAACAGCAUAAGGAUCCUAUUGAAAUUAUUCACUAAAAACCUUGCUGGAACUUACUGGAAAACGGUGUGACCAGAAUCAAAGGUUGUGAUACCAUCUACUUAAUACUAGUUUCUGUACUGAGGGCCUAAAAUGGAGGAAACCUCACAAUAACUACUCAGCAACGGCUGAUCUCAACCACGUUUGCUUAUUGUCUCUAUGAGGACAACGCGGUUAGUUUCGAGGAUCAAGACUGUACAUAUGCCAGAUUGCUUUAAAACCCUAUUGAAGAACACGCACUCAUCGAUGAGCUUCGAGUCCCUCGCUGACAGUGACAGUAUGCGAUUUCAAAGCCCACUUUGAUUCCUUAAGAAAGCAGGAUGUCAUCGUACAAAACUGACUUUUCUCCGAUCAAGGCUUGGGUGGUGUAUAUGUGCCUCACGGGAUCUGUUUUUGUUUUUUGGUUUUUUUUUUGCAACCUGUUGUUUCAGAUGAACCGAUUGCAGGCAGUCGUAAGAAGAGACAAGUCAAAAGAAAGGAAAUUAGCCAGAGCUGAGACUAUCCCAAGUCCCGUGACUUUUGAUGUUGUGUGUUUGUAAUUUAUUUGAUUUGUUUUUGUACGUUUGACUUUCAGUGUGGUUUGAAAUGACGUUCGGACCUUGCCUGGUUGGAUUGAAUGAACUGAAAAUGCAAUCGAAGUAGUGAGGGAAAAAAAAAAGAAAAAAAAAAAAAGAAAAUGGAUGAAAUGUACUUUUCUAAGCGUAUAAUGUAAUUAAUGAUAUCCUUUAAGGCUAUUGUUUUUCUGCCAUUUUUAACCUUAACCAAAUGCCCCAAUUUGCUGUUGGCCUCUCCUGAUCAUGGCUCCAUCGCUCGCCCCAAAUGUCAAUGAAGCAAUCUGUUUCCACAAAACAAGUUCGAUUCCUUUGCCAUCAGGCAACAUCUCAUGAACAUAUCAUGUGUGAAGUAGAAAUAAUUGUUUCUUCCUCUUCUCAGUGCAUUUCCCUUUUUUUUUUUUUUUUUUUCCUAGGCAUCAAUGCGUUGAUCUAACGCGAGACUUGAACUUCUUGGUAUUGAUUUGUGUGGACACACAAUGUUUUCAAAUGGGAAUUAGAACAUCUUAACAUGCGGACACGACAUGCUUCCGUUUGCAAAAGUUGAAUGCCAAUGGAAAGGCCAGGCUGUUCUGUUUUGGUGCCUCAUCUCCCUAACACCCACUAAAAAACUAUCAAUUCAAUAUUAUUAAUUUUCCCCAGUUUUUGCGGCGAAAUUUAGCAGAAUAUGCCCGCUGCAUGUGGAGUCUUGUAUUUGGAUUUGGGCAAGUAGCUCAUGCAUCAGUGAAACUGGCAAUACUAUACAAUCAUGACAUGUUAGCAGUAUACAGACAUAUUAACAGGACAAUAAAGACAUUUUAGUGUUGUUCGACAGUGAAAAACGUGCAUGCCCCAUCUUUGUUUCAUUUGAGCAAGGAAAACAUUUCAUCCAAACAGUCUAUACCUAGAUAGUUCUUGCAAGUGUGUGAACUGUCCCCCCUUUGCCUUGUCGCAAGCGGCCCCAUCCUUGAGUUUUGAAAAUUGACCACGCGUCUGAAAUCGCACAGCAGCUUACCAUCUGGUUUUCCAUUUGCUUUUCUUCUUUCUACUUUUACCUUCCUUUCCCAUUUGCUCGAAAAUUGACACUCUACCAAGUUUUUUCCCAAGAACAGAUUCUCAAAAGCGGCUUAUGACUCGUGCAGAGAUGGCAUUCACUCAGACCUGUCCUGUUGAGAUAACUGAGCCCUUUUCACAUCAAAUGACUUGUUUCACUUUCCUUCAAAUCGCCAUCCCAUUCUCCCUUCCGGAGACGGACAUCCUGCGCGCUGUUCUUUGUGUGCUUGUGUUUCAUCUUUACGGUACUGUAUAUUGCGUUGUGACAUGCUUCUCAAACCCCUUCAAUGUGUCCCUCUUUCUAGACUGAAAAAUCGCUGUUUUCUAAUGUAAAUUUCUGCUUUCCUUACUGUUGAUGUUUAGUAAGCGGCUGUAUGUUUUUGUUCACAUUCAACUCUGUGUUUUUUUAAAAUGAAACUAUCGACUUGAUUGGUCAGCAAUAUGAAGUGCUCAAAUAAAAUAUGACUUAGCCAUACCCUG